GACAUAACCAAAGUUAACCAAUAUAUGCAACGGUUAGUGAAGACAUUAUAAACGUCAACUUUGAGCUUGUGCAACUUCGAUACACUUGACACAUUUUUUUGGGAAGCUAUACACGAUGAUGGAAAAUUAAAAUGGUGAGGAAGAAAAAGCUGCUGGUGUUUGAAAUUUGUGGAAGCAUGAUGUGGGAUGGAUAAACAACAACAAAACUCCACUAUGGCCUCUAAUGACCCCAACCUUCCUGACCCCUCUGGUGACCCCCAGCCUGGUGACCUCAUUGAAAUCUUUAGACCGGCCUAUCAGCACUGGGCUCUCUACCUGGGAGAUGGUUACAUCAUCAACUUAACUCCUCUUGAUGAGAACCAGGCAGCCCCCAUGUCCAGUGUGAAGUCCGUCUUUAGCAGGAAGGCGGUGGUGCGCAUGCAGCUGCUGAAGGAGGUGGUGGGAAGCGACUCGUACCGCGUCAACAACAAGUACGACCACAACCACACACCCCUGCCCGUCUCCGAAAUCAUUCAGCGAGCACAAGUCCUCAUUGGCCAGGAGGUGUCCUACGACCUGCUGGGGAGCAACUGCGAGCACUUUGUCACCCUCCUGCGCUACGGGGAAGGAGUUUCUGAGCAGGCUACACGGGCCAUUGGGGCCAUCAGUUUGGUGACGGCAGCAGCCAGUGCCUUUUCUGUCCUGGGACUGAUCAACACACGAUCCAGAAAGAAGCCUUUUUGACAGCUGUGUUCUUCACUGAAGGAUGAUGUCCCCCAACAUUCAUGCAGCUGUGAUCGAGACUAAUUAAAAACUUAAUAAAGAUGAUUAAUAAAAGUGAAAAUGUUACUUGUGUUACUUGUUCAUAAACUG